AUGGAGAAUCAAAACAUUGGCCCUUCUUCGCCUGGUAACUCUCUAGCUGUAUCUGAAUUUGAGCGUGACGGCCUUGCAACUCAAUAUGAGGGCGAUGAAGAUCUAAUGCUUCUCCACAUGGAACAAAACGACAAUGAGCCCAUCUCACCGAAUCUGAAGGCGGUUAUGGAGAAAGACAAGGGGUCAGAUCGACCGCAAGAAGCUCGUCCGGCUCCACUGCUUCUUGAACGGCCCCAAAGCUCUGGGCUCGAUGUCGCGGGAUUCUCUUCUAUCUCUCAUGCCUCGGACAAGGAUUGCACGAUGUAUGGAAUGAUCCGAGAUAACGUAUCCCGCUCGAGCCCGACGAGGCCCUGCUCUCCAGCGACACACAAACCCCAGGACUCGGGAAUUGCAGCAAACCGUUGCAACAGUGCCGAAAACGAUGCUUGCAGAAAUACUCCAACGGAUCGACUACAAAGCCAGAAAGCACAAGAUGGUGGUUCGCAAACAGCGGGCGACAUUCAACGCAUCGCCGAGAAUGCAGGAAAUCCAGACAACAACACAAACUCUGUGACUCCGCAACCGAGUCUUGAACACCAUGUUCCACGUGGGAUAAGGCAGCACAAUGAAAAGCAGGAACGAGCUGCUGCUAUGCAGCAAAAUCAGAACCGCCAGAAUGAGGUUAUUAACGGAGAGGGGGUGCCUAAUAUGCAUUCAUUGGGUCCUACGACUGAUCAUUUCAGGAUCUCGAAGCGACGUCCCGCAAACGGGAAAAGGUUGCCCAGUGCGAAACGAACUAUGACACUGGCUUCGGACAACGGAGGCUCGCAAGUGUCAGAGGAAGAUCUGUUCCAGCUUCUAAUCAAUCGGAUGAGAGUUCGAGAAGAAAAUGAAAUCGCUGCUUCCAAUCUGCAGGAGCGAAUGGAAGCUGACAUGUCUGAACUGGCGGAGGAAAACAAAACUCUGAAGAAUCAGCUCGAGACCCUUGACAAUCAAUUACAGCGUAGCAAGUGUCAAUCAAAGACAUACAGAGCCCAGAUAGAGGACUGGAAAGCAAAACUAGUGAAGUUCAAGGGUAUUCUCAACGAGCUUGGAGCCGAGUAUCGAAAUCUUCGCAAUGAGAACCUCCGACUCAAAGACUCAAAAGCAACUCUGGAGAAUGAAAGAACCGAAAUCGAGGCUGGCAUUGAAGAUGCUAGGCGCCAAAUUUCUCAGGCUCUCGCUCUCGUCGGAGAAAAAAGGAAUCAACUCGCAGAGUCUGAGAAAAAGGUCGAAGCGAUGACGCUGGCCUUGAAAAAUGCAGAAGAAAAGACAGUAUUUGUUCAAACCCAGUUGAUGGAAGAAAGGAGAAGAUCAUCAAUUCUUGAGUCGUACAUUCACAAUAAUUCGAGAGUUCAAACAAAGCAGCUUGCGGUAAUCCGGACUGAACAGCAGGAGAUGCUCAGCAAGCUCGACUCUGCGUUUGACAUACUCGGUCAGAGUGUGAAUGCUUCCCAGGCAGCAACUCAAACCACAUUGGAAUUGACACUCGAGAAGAGCUUUUCACUUCUCAAAGAACUGAGCGAACAGCUUUCGAGGGACAGAGUGGAUAUCCAGCAAUGCAAUGACAUCGUCCACAAGAUCUUCUCAAGUGUGAAUACGUUCGAUUUCAAGCUAAAUGAGGGACUCGAAAGAAGCUUCGCGCUCAACGAGAAUGUGGCACAUAAUAUUAGGGAGCAACUGAAGCUCUUUGAAAACAAUAACGGCUGUCAUAUGGCACUUCUCAAGCAGCUCGGGCUCAACGAAGAACAGUACAGCGCGGUGCGAGAAAGGUUGGAAGCUCUCGAGCCAAGCAUGCAUAAAAUUAACUCCUCUCUCACGACGCUCAAUGAGAAAGAGGUUGAUCUUGCCCAGCAUAUUACUCAUCUAGAAAAGAGUAUCUCUGAGGGGCAGAACCCGGCUCUAGCGACAGAUGUCUGCGGUCUAUCUACGGAGAAUGCCGCACUCAAAGAUCAAAUCGAGCAGCUUUCAAUCAAAAUGAGUUCUGCUGAAGAGAAUGCUAAGGCGAAGGAGAUCGAAAGCGAGGAAGCAAAGCGUGCCCUUCUGGAGGUCACUGCAAAGAUGCAAGAAGAGAUGAAACGAGCACAGGAUUUCGAGGCCCAAGCCGUCAGCCUGCGACAGAAGACGAUAUCUAUCGAGACGAAAAUUCGGGAGGAAUUGAACAGAGCGAGCGUCAUUUCCAGAGACCAGACCAAGGCAAGGUUUGAGCAACAGAUCCAUAAACUGCUGCGAGAGAAAGUAGAAGCGGAAAAGGAUAUGGCCACGAUCAGGGAGUCGCUGGCUGAGGCCCAAGCGUCAAUGGUAAUCAACAUAGAGUCUUACAAUGGCAGGUUCACUAAUGGUUUGCAGGCUGAAAGGGAACAGGCAGCGAAGAAGCAAAGAGAUGAAUUGGAGUCGAUGGUCCUGCAGAGAGAACAGCAAAUACAGAAAUUAGAGGACUUCCGUACCCAGGACGCAGCUCGGAUGAGUGAACAGGUAGCGGAACUCGAGCUACUGCGAAAGUCAGAGGCUGCUGCUCUGGCUCAACAGAAGGCAAUUUCCCAGCAGCUCGAUGAAGUCCAAGGAAGUAUCGCCGAGCUCAAUGAUAGGCUGUCCUCGAAAGACCUUGAAUUCGAAGAUCUCCAGAAGAAGCUAGACACAUGUCAAAGUGAUCUACUGGAGAAAGAGGAAGAACUCACACAGGUCAAGAAAAAUCUUUGCGAUGCCGACUCGGCGCGGUCAAACUUGGAAACAGGUAAAGCGAAGGCGAAAUCCGAAAUACACGCCCUUCUCAAAAGGCUUCAGGACUCGGAACGCUGGAUGAAAAAUAUCAAAGAGGCCAUCGCUCGACCAGAUGAUCCUUCAUUAGGAGGACCAUUGCCGGGUACUUGGGACAAACUGAAGGACUGUCUGAGCUCGACAGAUAACGACAACCCGUGUUCCGAUUCACAAAGGACUACUGUCCCUGCAGCUCCUAAUGUCGCGAAUGCGACUAUAAGUUCCUCUGUGAUCUUGACACCGAAUAGGAUCUGUGAGAGUCCUAUUCAGGGCUUUGUUCAGACGACAGAGGUGAUAUAUCGGACACAGAGCAUUCAGGGCGGCGGGCUGUCUUCCCCAGUUCAAACUAAUGCGAGAGCUGGAAACAUCCACUCCGUCGGUCACUGUGAAAAGCCGGAAUCGUCAACUGAAAUUGUACCAUUUUCGAGUAUUCGACAGCAGCUAUCACCCGCAUCUGGCUCAUCUCUGAGUCCUGAACCUAGCGAUCUUGCAGAUAUGCUAGACCUCACCCCGAAGAACAAGUCACCGCAGGGCGACACGGUCGUGGAAACGCCGAAAGAAAGGAACGAGAAGGGGAAUGCAGCUACAUCGCACAAAGUCGACGGUUUCGACCUCGGAAUGAUAGGUGAACAGUCGCGGAGCUCACAGCACCAGCCGCUGAAGCUGAACUCCUUGGCAACGGAAACGGUUGAUGGUCAUACGAACGCAACCGAGGAUCAGGAAAAGCAGAAAACCGUCACUUUCAAGGCAGAAAACAAGGCAACCAGGAUUGAGAAGCGGAAGUUCUCAGCAACGGAAAACCCUCCUGAGGAGAGCGCUUCGGAGAAUCGUCGUGUCAAGAGACCAGAACGCGCCACGAAACGCACUUAUAGCAGAUUCCAGCGCUCUCCUAAAUCGAAGGGGAGCCCCAAAUUCUCAAACCAAUCCAAUGCUUCCCCGGCUAGCGAACUGUCGAAUCGUGAUACUCAUACGGAGAAUCAAUACACGAGCAAUGAUAAGAGAGCACGAGUGUCUGUGGCGCCAUCGAAUUCUGGGACUAGAGGGCAAGCGCAAGGGACUGCCAAUUACUUGGAGCGCAGAACAAGCCCUGCUAGAUUAGCAUCCGGAAGUAGUAGGCAAUCAUCAGCGAUUGAAAGCAAUCCAAAAAACAGCAGGUGGACGACGCGAGGCGCAAGGCGCGGAGGCCGAAGAUUACGCAGUGACCGCUACAAUGCCCGUUUCAGUCAGAGAUAUAACGAACAGGUUGAUGGUAUAUAG